UUCAAUAUGAAUGAAAAUGCUCAUAAGCAGUCAUACAAUAACCUCACUUUAAAUGGUACCAUUAACAACUUCAGUCAGAAUGCAGUCAAGGGCGUAACCAAAGUCAAAUAUCUUCCAGCAAAAUAAAUACAGAGGGUCUCCUGUUGCUAAAUACACCUCAAAGCUAGUUCCAAGCACUCACAGCCUCAGACUCAGCAAGAAACCCAAAAACUCCAAGGCUUCCAAGUAUUUCAAGAAUACCCAAGGUACAAAUAUCUUCAAUCACAAAUGUCAUUCUCAUUCGCUCAACCAAGUUUUAGAUCAGCCAUUGAGAAAAGUCGAUACAAAUAUUGAGCCACAUUCGCUGGCCACAGUCAUGGAGCUUAUCAAUUCUCAGAACAAAUAAGAUUGAUCUCUUAAUCACCGACAACACUCAAAUGAGGGAGAAAGUUAAGAAGGUUCAGAGAGACUUUGAGCGGAACGAAAGAAACUACAAUGGAACUAUCAAAAAAAUGCGAUUGGAUUUCGGAAUCCUCAGCAACAAACUUGAAAAUAUCUACAAAUAUCUGAAAGUUGAUUUGAACAAGAACAAAACUACAUCCAAGAACACAAGCAAUGGGUACAAGAAAUCAAGCCCCAAAUACAGCUCGAAGCUGAGCUUUCAAAGCCAAGAAAAACAUAAAGAUUAUAAGAUUCAUCCUUCAACAAGAAUCAUCAAGAAACGGAAAUUCAGCACCAAAAAGUCAAAGUUUCUGUCAGACUCAAAGCUUGAUAAUCCAAACCAGAAGAUAGACCGCGAUAAGAUAUUUAACCUGCAGCUGAGUCUUGACUCUGACAAAAGUUCGAGCAAGAAAUGAACAGGACACAGAACCAACAAGCACCAAGAACGGUACUCGAGAAGGUACAUAUCUCCGAUGUGCAGCGACAACGAAAUUGAGUCACAGGUGCCGCAGAUGAAGAGCCUGGUGAUUGACGGAUGUUCUCCGACUUCGUACUACAAGAAUGCAAUUUGAGAAUUGUGUGUUGACAAGCCAUAUCAGGCUAACUCUCCUCAAAUAAAUACUCUGCAUGACCUCAUGGUCAUUAAAUCCAAUCUUGCAAGCAAACUCUCGGCAAGCAAUGAAGAAGAGUCCAGCACAAGGAACAAUGAAAAUGCAAUUGCAGGUAAUCAUGAUGGUCGAAGUGUUUAGGCAAGCAUGCAUCUCUGAAUGCAAUGCGAAGUCAUAGAGAGAUCAUGGGGAGCAUUCCCGAGGUGUUGAGUUCUGUGAUCUGAGGAGGCACCAUCAACAAAAUGAAUGAUGACAUGAAUGGUCACAUGAAGAACAACUCGAAGAGUAGG